AUGUCGAAGCGUUCCUCACCUCCGACAGCAGAACCCGCAUCAAAACGUGCGCGGCAGCUCGACGCGGCACCAGCCCUCGCGCCCUCCCUGGACAGCUGGCUCAAGUCUUCACCUUCAGCUUCGCCGGCACCUCCACCACUCCUGGCCUCCAGCCCACCACUGAACGCGUCAUCCUCGACCUUCAUCGCCUUCGCACUCUCCUUCGUCCCGCCCUCGUCCGUGCGCACUGCCGAAACAUUGAAGAAAGAAGCAUCUCGCGCCGUGCGCGCUCUAGACGUCGUGCGACUGGUCGGCGCCGAACUAAUCGCCUCGGACGACGGAGCGUUUGCCCACGGCGAAUCACGUGCUCCUGGGCGACGGCCUGGCAAAGAACGCGCCCGUGAACCAGACCACCGAAUGUGGGCGGUGCGCGCGCUCGCUUUAGGAGAGGGAAAGGACGGAACUGGCGGCGAGGGAGAUUACCAGCUGUUGGAAGCGAGCGAGGACGAUGGCGAGCGGUUCGGCGGCGAGCGGAUACGAAGGACACUGGGUGAACUGGGGGCAGUCGACGUGCUCUGUAUCGUGUGCCGCUGGUUUGGAGGGGACAUGCUUGGGCCGGUGCGGUUCACCCACAUCACGACUGUCGCGCAUACGAGUAGCAAGGAGCUCGUGGGUAUGCUUACGCGACGCGAACUGCGGUCUGUACUCGUUGGGCUAGACUGUGAGAUUUCCGAUAUGCGCAAGACUAUUGCGGGAUCCAAGCCGCCACAAGGAGAAGAAGAGGGAAAGGCACCAGCUCCGCCGAGUUAUGACGACAUUGAGGAUAUUGAGCGCCUCCAGCGGCUCGUCAAGGCGCGCGAGAUGACGCAGAAGAGCCUCGAGAAACGUGUUGGGUGGGCUGCACUCGAGCAGACAAAGCUGCCAGAGGAGGAAUGA